CGGCCGCAACCUUGCUGUCCCUCUGUGGCUGCGCGUCCGGCUCAGCCCCCGAGACUGGCCAGGGGAGCGAAGCUCAGGUCGGUGCAGAAGAAGCCGAGCGAGGACAAAGGCGGGAGGCCGCCGCUGCGGCUGCACCUUCUUCAGGCGCCCUCGAGAUGUUCUCGCGGAGGGGUCAUGCGGAUGUCAAGAAGUCUGCGCAGAAGGCGCUGGACCCGCGGAAAGAACCGCUGACCCGCCUCAAGCACCUUCGGGCUUUGAUGGAUGCUGUGGAUGGAAGUGAACUCAAACAGUUCUUUGAGAUCAAUUAUUCUCAAAUUUAUCUUAUCUUCUAUGAAAGUUUUGUAACACUGGAAACCAGUUUGAAACUAAAAGGAAAUAAAUCCCAAAGGGAAGAGUUGGAUUCCAUUCUUUUUCUUUUUGAAAGGAUACUACAGUUAUUACCUGAGAGAAUUUUCUGUCGAUGGCAUUUUCAUAGCAUAGGGUCAACUUUGAAGAAACUUUUGCACACUGGAAACUGCCUUAAGAUAAGAUGUGAAGGAAUACGAUUAUUUCUUCUUUGGCUGCAAGCUCUCCAGACUAAUUGUGCAGAAGAGCAGCUGUUAAUUUUUGCUUGUCUUGUGCCUGGUUUUCCUGCAGUGAUAUCUUCAAAAGGUCCAUGUACACUCGAUACACUCAUCAGCCCUCCUUCUAGUCUUCCUAAUGGGAAAAUAUAUCCUGAAGAUAUAACACCACUUUUACCACAUGCUACUGGUGAAAAGAUUGAAGACCCAACUUGCUACUUUCUUCAGAUACUCUUAAAAUACAUGGUAAUUCAGGCUGCAAAGGUGGAAUGGAAGAAUAAAGAAAACCUUAACACAGGAUUUAAGUUUCUCUUUGCCCUCUUCAGAAAGUAUUAUCUUCCUCAUUUAUUCCCUUCUUUUAUAAAACUAACCAAUCUCUACAAUCCUGUGCUUGGGAUCCCUGGCCUGCGCCCCAAAUCAGUAUAUGUUAGUACAACUUGCGAUGGUGGAAAUGUUUAUAGUACAAACAUUCCAUACCUGGAUGCUCGUGUAACUUUUAUAAAAUGGCUUGUAAAUUUUUUUCUGGAAAAGAAAUACCUUGCGGCACCACAAACUUUCAAAAAUGGUGUGGAAGUUCUACCCAGAAUCAUUCAAAUAGUGGGUAAUACAGCACAAGAUAAAAAUCCUGAAGUGGAGAACAAUGUCCCAUCAGAUCAGGAGAAAAAUCAUAUCAACCACAGCGGGGCACUCAGUGAUUCCAGUUUUUGCAGCAUUGAAGAGCAACACCGAUCUGCAUAUGAAAUGGUGCAACAAAUAUUUUUGUCUACAAGAGAUUAUGUGAAUUUUGUUAAUGAAGUAUUUCAUCAGGCUUUUUUGCUGCCACCAACAGAGAUAUCCUUAACUGAAAAGGUUGUGAAAGUUUAUAGGAAAUGGAUACUACAUGAAAAACCUGUCUUUAUGGAAGAACCAGAUGCAAAGGAGACUAUUCAAGAUGAUGAUGUCAUCACAGAACACUCAACAGAAGAGACGGAUGGCAAACAGCUUGUGUCUGGACAUAAAAGAUCCUCAAGUUGGGGAAGAAGUUACUCCUUCUCUAGUGCUGUUACCAGAGGAUGCUUAUUAGAAGAUGAAAACAAGAAUGUUAAAGCAGGUCUUCAAGCUACACUGCAGGUAUUUUUGGCAAACUCUGCAAACAUAUUUUUAUUGGAACCAUGCAGUGAAGCCCCUGAACUACUUAAAGAGCAGAUAAAUUCUUGCAGAGCAGUUUUGAGUAUAUAUAGGCGCAUGAUAAUGGAAGUUCCAAUGAAUAAAAAGACCUGGGAGCAUAUGUUGCAAAUGCUUCUUAGCAUAACAGAAGCUGUCAUGAGCAACUCCAAAGAUGAUCAAAUAAAGGAUGCAUUUGGUCAAAGUUUAGCGGGUUCACUAUUUCGGACUCUCAUUGUGGCUUGGAUCCGGGCAAAUUUGAGUGUUUAUAUUUCUCGUGAGCUCUGGGACGAGUUGCUACGUGUGCUAUCAUCCCUUACAGAUUGGGAAGAACUAAUAAUGGAAUGGGCUAAUAUAAUGGAUUCUCUAACAUCUGUUUUAGCAAGAACAGUAUACGGUGUUGAAAUGACCAACUUGCCACUAGAUAAGCUAAGUGAACAAAAAGAGAAAAUACAAAAAGGAAGAGGUGGCAUUUUGGAAUCUCAAAAAGGAGCAGCAGUUGGAAGAUCAUUUUCUUUAAGCUGGAGAGACCAUCCUGAUGUUGCGGAACCUAUGAGAUUUAGAAGUGCUACCACCUCAGGAGUACCAGGAAUUGAGAAAGCAAGAAAUAUAGUGCGUCAGAGAACAACAGCGAAGCGAAGUCUGUCUAUCAACAAUUGUGCUCAUCUCUGUGAGGCUUUGCCAGCCACUAAAAGUGUGCCUCUUCUGCUUCAUACUGUGAGCUCUCUCUUGCCUGAUAUCUCUUACACUUCUUACUCUUGCGCUUUUUCAGAAAGUGAACAACAUGAACUAUCAGAAAAUGGAACAGGAAUUGUGAAUCAACAACCAGUAAACUUAUUGGGAGCAGAAUAUAACAGACCUUUUUCAGACCUGGAUCAAUUAACUCGAAGCAGUAGUACCUCUGAUAUUAGAGAUCAAUGCAGUUCCGAUAUUUUCCAAGUCAGAAAAACAGAGAGUUCACAAAAUUUAACUUCAGGAUCCAGAUCUGUUGAAAAAAAUAAGGAGACCAUGAACAAGGAAAAUACACUACAAGAAGCAAGCAACACUCCAUCUGAAUUAAAUCUCAAGACAGAAGUACAGCAGUUACAUGGAAAUCAGAAAGAGAAAGAAAAGUGUGAAAGUAUUAGCAGUGAUACUUCUAUUGGAUACAACAAUGAAAUGGGCAUGAGUUUGGCUACCUGGCAAACCUGUGAAGAAAAUAAUGAUAUAUCCAUGCACGCUGAAAUUUCCGUUGAUCCAGAUGCCCAUCAGUGGUUGGCUACUAAUUUCUCAGACAGCAGUGAAUUCCUUGCUGAUGAUUGUAGCAUAAUUGCUGGUGGCACUCUUACUGGAUGGCAUCCUGACUCUGCAGCUGUACUGUGGAGAAGAACAUUAGGAAUUCUUGGAGAUGUGAACAAUAUCCAAUCUCCUAAAAUACAUGCCAGAGUUGUUGAAUAUCUCUUUGAGUUAUGGCACAAAUUAGCAAAGAUAAGAGACAAUCUGGCAAUAAGUCUGGAUAACCAGUCUACUCCAUCCCCUCCUGUUUUAAUUCCACCACUUAGAAUAUUUGCAUCAUGGUUGUUCAAGGCUACAACUUUAUGCGAUGAAUAUAAAGAAGGAAAGAUUCGUGCCUACAAACUGAUAUGCGCUAUGAUGACAAGACGUCAAGAUUUUAUGCCAAAUCCUGACUACCUGGUGCAUUUUUAUCUUAUCAUGCACAUUGGCUUAACUAAUAAAGAUCAGGAGCAACAAUCAGGCAAGGAUAAGGCUUCCAACUCCUGUUCCUCUAGUAGGGAUGAUCCAGGGGAGGGCACAUCAGGAGCUACCCAUCGAUCUUCUAGGAUCCAGAGGACUAGCUCCCAACUAACCACCUCCACAGUGGUAGAAAAAAGGAGGCAUAAAGCCUUGGAAAAAGCUGUAACCAAAGCCCAACAACAGGCCCCUCUAGCACCCAAACCACAAGCCACAGAGAGAUCAUCUCUUUUGCAUCCUGAACAAAACACAUCCCCUGUUCCUCAAAGGGUAUCUUCUCCUACCCCUUCUCCUCCUAAUUGGUCCCCUGAUCACCCUACUACAGGGUCUCCACAGGCCCCAAUGGACAGUGGUCCCCUGUUUCAAUCUUUGCCUGAGGCUCCUCUGGAAUCGGUUCCUAGUUCAAAUCCUGAAGCCACACCACCGGAACCUAUCUCUUCUCCUCCUCAGAAUCUGGAGGGAUUUCAAUUGCCCCCAGAGUUUGGAGCACUUAUCGCUGACGCUAUCUGCUCUGGCAUGACUAAUUCACCUGACCACUCUGAUCACGAAUACUUAUCGGAGGAAGAACUUCUCUGGAAUGAGGCCCUAUCGGAGGAUGAGGGUCUUGAACUAGAUCAACCACCUUUCAUUGGCCUUUUUAAGCCUCAAAUCUUCAAAUCACUUCUCUACAAGGCUCAAAUGUUUACCCACCUUGGUGUGGUUGCUACAUCCAAAAGCCGCAGGAUUUCGGAGGAUGGUCCCUCUAGUUCAUUAUUCUCUGAACCAGCGGUGACUACAGAUACUGUUCCUGCUCCUCAACUUUUCAUGGACGUGAUCCAAAGACAAUGGGGGGUUCCAGGCUCGGGACCUUACCCCAACAGCCUAGACAAACGUCUCUACAAUAUAGCUCCGGAAAUGUCUAAUCUAUUACAAGUUCCAUCAGUUGACGGUCCUAUAGUUUCUGUCUCUUCUUCUUCUCACAUCACAGGACCCCCAGAAGAAUAUCUCCAGCCCGAGGACAAGAGAACUGAGAAAGUUUUGAUCAAAGGACAUCAAGUGGCUGCAUGGUCCAUGAAGGCAGCUGCUUUGGCAUCAUUUUCCAACAAAGCCACUUGUCGAAAUUUCCCUCCAUUACGGUCCCCCCAAGGUGGACCUGUUUGCGUCAGUGACAAAUCAUCAACUUCCCAGAUACUUCACGAGGUUCCCUUCCCCGGGAGCAGAAGUGGUGAAUGCUCUAAGAUCCCCCUGGACCCCGGGCCUACUCUACACAUUCCAUCCCCUUCCACUGAUCCCCAAGGUCAUCCGGAAACUCCUGGAAGAAUCAACCGAACUCAUACUUCUAGCUCCUCAUUGGCCCCGGAGGCCCUGGUUUGCGGACCUCCUGUCUCUCUCGGUGGCAAAGCCUUGGCAAAUAUCGGACGACCAGAUUGUUCUCACCCAGGGCACUCUCGUUCACCCAGAGCCCCAGUGGUUACAGCUCACCAUUUGGAGGUUGAGCGGUGUAUCUUAGCUGGACUCAACAUUCCUCCCGAAGCCAUACACACUAUUCAGGCAUCUCGCCGCCCAUCCACAAACCGCAUAUAUCAAGCCACUUGGCAAGUUUUUUCUACCUGGUGCACCAAACAUUCCAUUCUUCCCAUGGAACCAGAGUUAGCCCACAUCAUUGGUUUCUUACAUGAGGGCUUGGCCUCAGGUCUCACUCCCAAUACUCUUCGACGUCAAGUCACGGCCAUUUCGGCAGUUCUUAACUAUGGCUCUUCAGAGUCCCUGGCCAGAAACCCAGUCAUUCGACUAUUCCUAAGGGGAGCUACCAACUUAUACCCCCCCAUUGUCCACAGGUAUCCUUCCUUGAACCUGAACACCGUUCUCAUGGCUCUAACGAAAUCUUCAUUUGAACCCCUUCGGGAAGUGCCUCUACGAUUUCUAACUUUCAAAGUGGCAUUUCUCAUUGCCAUCACGUCGGCCCGCCGCAUAUCGGAAUUGGCAGCCCUCUCGACCCAGCAUAGUUUGCUUUGGCUCAUCCAGCCUUAUGCUCCUCAUUCAGCAUUACUGGAGAUGAAAUCCAACACCACUGGCACCAUAUUAGAGAAGGUUGUUCAAGAAAGUAUUGGCAGUUAUGAUUUAAAAAACAAAAUGAAAGAUAUUUUUGAACUGAAAAGGUGUGCUGUGAGAAAACGCAAUGCAUUAAUCAGUCCAGUAAUUAUGGAAAAGGCUCCUCGCUUAGAAGCAAAUACUAUUCUUGGAUCUCUGAUUUGCUUCCCUAACCUUUACCAAGACAUCUCAUUGUUAUCAUCUGUUACUGAAGCAGGAAUCACAACAGGAACUGCAGAUGUCAAAUUUUGCCUCAUAAAUAUUCUUUUAAAGAAUGCCACAGAGGAACCAAGUGAAGCUUCAAGAUAUCUAGCCCUUGGCUGUCUUGGGCUUUGGAUAUGUGAAGAACUUGUGCACUGUACCAACCAUCCUCAAGUAAAAGAUGCAAUAAAUGUUUUUGGUGUGACACUAAAGUUUUCUAACAAGCAGAUUGCACAAGCAGCCUGUGAUAUCUUUCAGUUAUUGACAUCUUACUGGGAAAAACUACAGAAAUACAACAUUUCUCUACCUCAAAAAAUUAUUGAAGUCCUUGUUGCCACUAUUGCAUUUCUGUUACCAAGUGCAGAAUACUCUUCUGUGGAAAGUGAUAAAAAGUUUAUAGUCUCAUUGUUACUUUGUUUAUUGGAUUGGUGCAUGACAUUGCCAGUGAAGACACUGUUAGAGCCUGUAUUUACUUCCAGUUUUGAAAAUCAGUAUUCUUCUAAUACUCCAUUGCUGGGUUAUAUUUAUAGGAUCCUGAAUUGUUGUGUUUAUGGUUCAAGCCUGUACACCCAGCAAAGCCAUUAUCUUUUAAGUCUUGCCGACCUCUCCAGUGAGAUAUAUGAUCCCUUUAUGCCCUUAGGAAAUGUUAGGAAUUCUGAAGUGAUUCUGGUUCAGUCUUCUGCAGACCUGAAUAAUUUGCUCACUGUUGCUGAAGAAAUGAAGCGGAGGAGCUUGGAGUUAAUACCACUGACAGCACGAAUGAUUAUGGCACAUCUAGUUAACAAUUUGGGCCAUUAUCCACUGACUGAAGGACCUGCUGUUCUGCAUAGUCUUAUUAGUGAAAAUCACAACAAUUCUUGUAUGGAAUCUUCUGAACUCUCACCUGAAGUCUUUCGAAGCCCCAAUUUACAGAUCUUUGAAUUUAAUGACAAUGCUGUCAUUUCUUACCUCCAGAUUCCCUCAAAAACGGGGAUGGAUGAUGAAUUGGAAGAAUCUUUCUCAGAAGUAAGAGUAAUUGUUAGGGAUAUCUCUGGAAAAUAUUCAUGGGAUGGACAAUUGAUGUAUGGACCAUUAGCUGCUUGUUCAGUAGAUCAGAUGAACAGAAAAUUGUCUGUGGUUAUGGAAAAAAAUAAGCAGAACUUUGAGUCUCCAACUGAUUUUAUUCAGAUAGAUGAUGGAGAAGAUGCUCUUGAUAGGUUGCUAGAAAAGAUUGGCAGUAGUAGUCCUGAGUGUCUUUUACAUCCACAAAUAAAAUUAAAUGAGCCAUCCCCAUCCCCCUCUGUCAUGAGUCAUGCCCAAGCUAAUGAUAUCAUUGAAGCAAUAAUGCAGCAAAGUUGCAUAGAAAAUGAAUAUGUUCAUGGAUACCAUCUGAAUCAUAAUACAAAAAGCGAAAAUCAGAAGAUGCCAAGAUCUACUACGCUACAGUCACCAUUUCAUUUAUGUAGGCUUUUGCUAAAUGGCUUAGGAAUGAAUUCAUGGGAAAAAAGAAAAAGUUUUAAUGUUUUGAAGAAAAAUUCUAAGUUACUGAGAGAGCUGAAAAAUUUAGACUCUAGACAAUGUCGUGAAACUCACAAGAUUGCAGUAGUUUACAUUGCAGAAGGACAAGAAGAUAAAUGCUCAAUAUUGUCCAAUCCACAAGGAAGCCAAGCAUAUGAAGAUUUUAUUGCUGGAUUGGGUUGGGAGGUUGAUCUUUCAACUCACUGUGGGUUUAUGGGCGGUCUUCAACGUAAUGGUAGCACAGGACAAACAGCCCCAUAUUAUGCUACUUCAACAGUAGAAGUAAUUUUUCAUGUAUCUACACGAAUGCCAUCUGACUCAGAUGACUCACUGACCAAAAAGCUUCGUCACUUGGGAAAUGAUGAAGUUCAUGUUAUCUGGUCUGAACACACCAGAAAUUAUCGCAGGGGCAUUAUACCAACAGAUUUUGGUGAUGUUUUAAUUAUUAUUUAUCCAAUGAGGAAUCAUAUGUUCUACAUCGAGAUUAUGAAGAAACCACAGGUCCCAUUUUUUGGUCCUUUGUUUAAUGGAGCAAUUGUGACUGGAAAACUGUUGCCAAAUCUUAUACGGGCCACAUGUAUCAAUGCCAGCAGAGCUGUGAAAUCUCUUAUAACUCUCUAUCAGAGCUUUUAUGAGGAAAGAGCAAUAUAUCUUGAUGAAAUAAUCCGGAAUCAUAAAGAACUACUGUCAUUUGAAGAUUUUGCUGCUCAGGUUUUCUCUCCCUCUCCCAGUUAUUCCCGUAGUGGAUGCGACAUUACUACAUGUUUGACUGAUGACUUUACUGCACCUGUAAGGACCGAAUAAACAAAGCAGAUUUCACCUAUACCAGCAACUGUAAAAAAAAAAAUAGUUUCUGGGAGGUUGUACUCAUUGACCAGUACUCUCAGUAAAUCUUCAAGUUAUAAACAUUUUGGAAAUUUGAAAUAAUAGACGAAACCUACAUACUCAUCUGCUCUCUCUUGCCAGGUGGUAAUUUUGAAGACUGGAUAAUGAAGGGUUUUUUUAUUUUCUGUUUUUGCUAUGAAAUCUUUAUUCCUUAAAUUUCAAAGUUAAAUAUUUCAUAAUUUCCUAUAUUAUUUCUUGACGCUCACUUAAUAACUUGCUGCUAUGAAAAAUUGAAGUCUAUCUUUCUGUGCUGAAAUACUUGCUUUAUCUAAUUUUAGUUUGCUGAUUAUAUGUCAUCUAAAGGAGGAUUCAGAACAGUCACUGAAAGCCCUUCCUCUCGAAAAUCUCUUAAAUGUAACGUUAAUAAUCUUAGUGUAAAGGUAAAGCUGGCCAGCUCCAGCAAUGUUAACCACUGAGCCAUUGUUCCCCUAAAAUUUACUAGAAGAAAAUACUGUUUUAUUUUAUUGAUGGAGAGCCACAUUUAGCCAAAAUGAAGGACUUUUGACUAGUAACUUCUUUUUUAUAUUAAAUAAAAAUGCUGUAAAAUACAAGCUACAUAGUAUAUAGAUGAAAAGUGAUUAUGCCUUUACAAUAUCUUUUCCAAUAUACCAUCAUUUUAUAUUACUUAUUUCCAAACUUUAUUGUUGUGCACAUAACCGAGAAUGCCUACUUAACAAUCAAUAGCACUUCUAAAUAUUUAUAGAGUUAAAUAAAUACAACAGUAGUAAAGCCUACACUUAAAUUGCCUUGUAAAAUACUAUUUCAUAUGCAAGAUGUAUAGUGUGAGCCUAUUAUGGCAUUUAAAUCUUACAGUGAGUAGUUUAGCGUCUCGUGCCAAUUCAAGGUUCCUAUUUCUGUUUAACAAAACUACAAAGUAAAUCCUUUAAUCCAUUGUUAUUAUGAAUACUGGCUACUUUAUCAACACAGAACAGCUACUUAACUGAUCACCUGGGGAAAUAUGGAUCAAUAUAAUGAUUCAUUUCAUACUGCACACUACUUAAAUUUGCUCAAUCCAUCUGCCUGGAUUCAUGCAGUACACUGAAUCAUAAACUCAUGAUAUGUCUGGGGUUUGUGCAAGACACAUUUCCUGGCAGCUUGUUUGAAACAGUUCAGAAUUUACAAGCAGAAUAAUUUCUAUAUGAAGAGGAAUCAAUCUGAUUCAGGUAUACAAAGCCUGUUUGUAUACAAAGUGUUGUUUGGGAUAUUGGUGCAAACUAACGAAGCCCUUGCACAAUAGACACUGUUAGUAAUUUGCUGGAUAUAGUUGCCAAACUAGAGAAAGUCUCCAAACUGAAUUUGAAAUCUGAGGACUUUACUGAUAACAUCCAUGCAGGAUUUGUUUUUUAUUAUCUGAUUAGAAGGUUAACUGACUCUUCCCUUCUGCCAGGCUGGUUUUUGACUUCCCAGCAGAGCUUACAAACCCAGGACUUCUUGAUUGUUUCCUAUUCAAAUAGCAAUCAGUCCCAACCAUGUAUAGCUACAAUGAAGACAGCUAGAUUUAUUACACAAAUGCAAGAGAGUAGCAAAAAUUUGUGCUGUGGAGUCUUGGUGUUUUCUGAACUUGGUAGUAUCACAAGCUUAGAGAGCAAUUUGGAGGGCAGAACACAAGAACCCCACAAUUCAACCCUGAGCUACAAAUAUUUAUCUGUAAAAUCUUUUCUUUUGGUCUCACUUAUGAGAAUCCUGUUUUCAAAACACUGCAGUCGCAUGAAAAGGCUCCCUAUGACUGCAGUAAUAGUUUUUAAGGUACUGUACUCUCUUUUUUUCAGUCAUUUUAUCAGUUUGUUUGCUACAGAUUACCUCUUAAGGGUCUACACAAUAUCAAUAUCACAGAAUCUGAUAGAAUGGAUACUUCUUUUCUUGAUCCCUCCAAAUCGUUUCUCUCUGCUCUUUCUUUAAAUGAGUUUCAGAGCAGAUUUAAGGAAAACACCAUAAAGAUAGGAGAAGGAACAUGAGUCACCCAAAUACCCAUUAAUUUCGAUAAAUCUACAAUAAGAUCAAAAUCCAGCAUGUAGUUUUUAAUCUAUAUAAUUGGUAACGGGCAAAAAAAGCUUAUAAAUGAAGCAACAGUAUUUGGGAACAAUGUUGGUGGGAAUGGGCCGAGUGGAAAAAAAAUUAUUUGAAGGUAUAGCUUUAAUUUAUUUUAUUUCUGGUACUAUUUGCAAUUAAUGCAGCCCUUUUCCUGACAUAGAACUGGAUGUAGCAAACCUAAUUCAUUACUGUACUAAGUUGUAGUCAUAGACUGAGGUUUGAAUUGGGCCAAUUAUCAUGAAUAUAACAUAAUCUAUGGAGAUUCUCAGUCAUCCAGGUCAUGGUUGUUCCAAAAAUACUUUUUCAAUUAUGCAUUGCAUCUUUGAAAUAUAUUACCAUAUUAUGAAAGUUGCUUGGCAUGUAAAAGAAGAGGUAGAAUUGUGACUGUUUUGCAUAUAUGUUAAACCAAAGAAUCAAACUGCAACAAUCUACUAACAGCAGUUUAAGGUUUAACUGGUUAAGAAACAUCCUUCCAGCAAACUGUAGGCAUGCAAUGAUAUUUGGGAUACUCUAAAACUUCUCAUAUGUUCAUUGUAGCUUACUGACUAUAACUACAUAAGGGGAUAAAAAGCAAAUCAUAGGUUGGCUUCAGGGACAAAGUUACUUAAAAGCAACCAAAUAUGUUUAAUGAUUAAUAAAGUCUUUCAUUACUAAACAAAAUAGCCUAGAAUUAAUUUUUCUUGAGAAAAUAAUUUAUUUUUGAUAUAAUUAAUAAAUAAAGUAAUGUGAUAAAUUAUAAUUACAAGUAGAUAAGAUUAUUGUUUUCAAAAACACAAUAUAGUAUUAUUAGUUACAUGUACUAUUUAUUUAUCAAAAUUCUACACCACCCAUCUCACCUGUGACUAGGCAGUUUACAAAUACUUAGCGGACCAGAAUGACAUUAGCAGGACUUGAACCUUAGACAUGCCUAAAGAGAUUGGGGGAGGGGAGCAAAGCACAGCAGCUGCAUUAUUUUAUGAUGAAAAUUAUUUAAUUUACUUACUGGCAUUUACUUCCAAGUUCCUUCCACAAUCUCAUCAUGACACAUACGUCAUCACAUAUUGACAUCACUGCAGCUUGUAAGGGAUGCCACUGAUUGUAGACAUAUUUUCUCCAAACUACUCAACUUUUUUCCAAGUAAUAACCAUUUACAAAUAAGUAAUAUUUUAUUAUAUUUGUAUGCCACUUGACUCAACAAAUGAGAAAGUACAAAAUCAUAAAAAAUAAAGUGCUUAAGAAAGAAAGAAAUGUGCGGUAUUGUUGAACUCAUUUAAACACUGACUCAUCUGCCCUACUAAAGCAGGAAAUUAUUACUCUUAUCAAUCAUAAAUUAUUUCACCUUGCAGCUCAUGGUAGAUAAUACCUUAAAUAUUUAUAUUAAAAUUAAUUGAUUUGUAAACAUUCUGUCCAUUCAUACAUUUUAAAAUGACAGCAAUGAUAUGUAUUUACAGAGUUAUAAAAUUCUUUUAGUUAAAUCCAUAGAGGAACA